GUUUGCCAAAAUGUUAAAAAGAAAAAUGUUGCUGACCUAAGUGGCUGCUAACUAUAUGAUUGGAUGUUUUUUCAAUGACCCUCAACACAGAGAUACAUAUUUAAAUGGUUUUUCUUUUGCUCCAAAUGCAUUAGUAGAAAAACUAAACCCAGGAUUUAUUCUCUACCGUAGCUAAAGGCAGCAGCAGAUAUGCAGGCAUCACAGAUCAACUGUCUGACCACAGCCAUGACAAACUACUGCAAGGCAACGAGAAGCAUGGAGCAGGUGGUCAUGUUUCCCAGUCUUCUAAGGGAUGUCCCCAUGGAGAAGCCCCUUAAUCCAGGAAAUGAAUGCAAAGACCUAUAUCAUCUUUACAUCAAGCUAAAGACUGUAAGGAUCAACUUGGAACAUGGAUUGAUACCAGUGGAGGACCAGGAGAUAGAUGGAGACAUAAAGACUAUGACUGACAUGGACAAUGAAGGCAUGUUCUAUCACCAUUUCAAGGGCCUGUUUUGUAUCCUCGGCCAGCUGGUACAGGAAUCCAAUAUACUGACCAAUAAGUACAAGGAUCUCAUUGGGAACCAUCAUUAGUGAAGACAGACCAAGUAGAGAUUUGUCUGGCAGUCUUCAAGCAGUGAGGUUUGCACCUGUAAAUACAACCACAAAGGCAACUGUGAAAGUUAUUCUUCAGUUCUCUUUAAUAGCUACUGCCAAAAGAUUCACCUGAAGUGAAGCAAAAAGGACACAUGUAUCAAUAUAUCCUGAUACUGCAUUAUACAUUGAAGUAUGAAGAUUUUGUAAUAUGCUGAGUAAGCAACUGAAAAUGAAUGUUUUUUCACCAGAUGGCAAUAAAAGAGUUUCAUUGUCAAUUACUUACUUUUCUCAUUUUUGUGAAUAAACCUGACUGCUUAUAGAUUUUUUUUUAGUUAAUUAACAAACAGUUGAGAAAUGACAAGGGGAUUCCCAGUUUAAGGUCUAAAUAGUUUACGUUGGCAAGAGUUGAGUUUAACAAUGUUUUUUAAUUCUAUUUUAUUCUAAAAUGUGUGAUUGUCUAGAUAAUUUUCAAAUAAGUGAAUAAUCAUAUUGAGCUUAACGCACUGUCUGAGGUGAUCGGAACAAUCCCAAUUAAGAUAAAUACAGUAGUAUGAACUAACUCAGAAGCUUUGAACUUUAAUCAGGUUGUGAGCAGAUAAGACAAUCCGUUUUAACUGGUUACUAUUAACUAUGUUUAGUGUACCUUUUACACUUACAGAAUAAUUCUGCACCUGGAAAUAUUAACUAGGCAAAUGUUGGAAAUUGCAAUGUUUUAGAACAUGUAUUUCCAUUUGGUAUUUUUUUAGGGAAAUUAAAUGGGCAGCCAUUCUGAUAUCAGCCCAUUAAAGGUUAGAUAUGUUUUUUUCAAUAAACUUUUAAUAGAGUAGAAAUAAUAGACACAGGAAACAUACAAUGGUAGCUGGUCAAUUGCCAUACACAUACAUAAACAAGGAAAUAAUAGCAUCAUUAUCAGUAACAAAAACUGAUGCAGUGAAUUAAAAGUUUGACUUUGGGAAAUGUUUGAAAGGUCAACUUGAAGGUGUCGGUGGGAAUUAUCUAUCUGGCUGUGAGUUUAGGGCCAAUGAUCAUUCCCAUGGCUGUUAGCAAUAAGAAAAAAUCCCAUCCUGCAAAUGAAAAGCAAUAUCAGUGAAUUUUAAGAUAGAAGGAAACAGAGAAAAUUCAUAAAAGUUAGAAAAAGUUUAACAGAGAUCUUGAGGUGGGGAAAGAAAGAAUUUUUUUUAAAUGGAUACAUGGCUAAGAGUGGAUAAGGAAUUAUAUAUGCCUAUGUCCAGAUGGAAUGAAAUGUAAAAAUAAAUAGUAUACUUCAUAAAGCUGCUCCAACUGGACUCCUCAGGGGAGAAGUUAAUAUCGGGGUUGCUAGUGAUAGCUCUCUGUCCCCCACACAGUUUAGGUUUAUAUUUAUCCCAGAUUUUGAGGAAGAGCUUGGUGUGGUGUGGUGUCUGUCUGUCUGUCUGUCUCUGACAGUGUGUAAUAUGAUUUUGGUAUCCACAUUAGAGUAGAUAGGGUGCAAAAGUUUAUUUUCCAAGGAGGCAUGCAGGUACGUUUUAUACUACUUUUGUACACUUUUCACACAAAAAUGGGGGUGGGACCCAAAGAAUGUUAUUGCAUAAGUCAAAAAAAUAAAUAAAAAAAAGAUUACUGAGUCAAUCAGUUGGAGUAACUAAAGUAGAUAUUUUCACUUUAAAUUUCAAUUUUCAUCUUAGUGAAUAAAAACUUUUUUUUUCUGUAAAAAACACAGUAAAUAAAUAACUCUCAGAAAAGACUGAAUUAAAGAUUGCAUUGAGUUGAUUGCCAUGUGCUGGUGUCAAAUACUGAAAGACCCAACACACAGUGUGUAAUAACAAAACAAGGAGAAAAAUGUGUUUUACUUGUCAAAGUAGAGAGAAUAGUCAGGAAAGCCAGAAAUCAGGAAUAGCGAAUGACAAUAGCGGAGUCAAAGGAGUAUAGAAAUUAGAAUAGUUAGUAAAUGCAAAGAUCAAAGCCGGAAUUACAAUAGGAGGAAUCUAAUGCGCUAUUGUGAUCAAAAUUAGAACCACAACCUUUUUAUAGCUCUUUAGUUCUAUAGCCACGCCCCAAGCAAAUGCAAAUGUUUUGCCGGGCCACAACGUCAUGGGUGUCAUGACAUUGGCGCACACGUGCCAUGUCAUAAAGGGGGUGGAGCUACAGCACCUGGCAUUGGAACAGAACCAUACGAAAUGUUUCCCCUUCACUUGCUGGACGUCCCCAGGCUGUGAUAGAGCCUGGGCAACAAAAAGCUACCCUGACAGGUGGUAGGAGAGAAAAGAAAAAAAAAAAAACCAAAAAAAAAAAACCUACAGGACCUGGUUGGUCUUGGAUGAGCCCCACUAGUCUAACAAUAACCUUCUCACAACAGUGCUUAGCCUUCAAGAGCAUGAGAUCAGCAGGGAGGAAUCUGCAGGGUUCUUGGAUGGGAGACCGUAAAAGAUUGUUAUAAUUACAAUGGCUGAGAGAAGGUUACAGAUUAGUGGGCUCCAACACUAACCAGGAUCUGUAGGCUAUAUUUUCUCUCCUACCAGCAGAGGGCGAUCUACUCAAUGCAAUCUGCCAUCCAGUUGAGACUUUCAGCUUUUAUUCAAGGGGUUAAACAAAAAUAUUGCAUGAAAUGUUUAAGAUUUGCAACCAAUUUAGGAAUUACAUGUUUAGGCAUUACAGUCUCAUUAUUUCAGGGGCUCAAAUGUAAUUGGACAAAUGAACAGUCAUAAAUAAAAUGUUAAUUUUUAAUACUCUGUUGAGAAUCCUUUGCAGGCAAUGACUGCUUGAAGCCUGGAAUGCAUGGACAUCACCAAACGCUGGGUUUCCUCCUUUGUGGUGCUUUGUCAGGCCUUUACUGUAGCGGUCUUCAGUUGUUGUUUGUUCAAAGCCCAGGGCAGCACUUUUCAUGUACUGUUCACCACUAAGAAGAAAUGCCCAUACAGAAAAGCCUAAAAAAGGUUAAAAUUCAAUUCAUCUACUUGGGCCUGAUAAUGUCACCACUGAAAGAGGAGUUCCCUCAAACUAAGGACACCACUGGAUAGAGCUAUCUGUUGCCUAAGGGACAAGCAGCGGUCAGAGUGCCAUGCUCUAAAACUUUAUUGGGAAUUCUCAAGAUUACUGGCUGAGUUUUGCGCUUUCCACCAAUUCUGCAUCGCUGUACAAUGGGUGGACUAACAUGCAAGUAUUUGUAACAAGACUAGUUGAAUGCACAGGAACAGAGUGUUGAGGGCCCUGCUCAAACCAGCUUACACAUAAUUAGUAUGUGAAUCAACUGGAGAUCAGAAUCUUUAACCUUGGUUCCUCUGUAUGGAAAUCAGUCACAGACAAAGUGCUUUUUUGGUAUUGAAGAUCCUCAAUUAUAUGUGACCAGGUUUUGUUAUAAAAAGAUCACAAGGAAGACAAUAAUGACAUGUUACGGGACAAUGUUUAUUCAACACUUUUCAAGUUCAUAGAGAAUGACAAAAAAAAAUGUACAAUACUUACAGCAGAUUAUUACAAAUUGGUCAUUAAAAGAACACUAUGUAAAACAAUUUGUUAUACCUGGUCAAGUUCAAACAAAAGGCAGCCAUAUUGAUUGUUCAUAAAUUGUAAACACAUUGUGCAAUCGCGAUUUCAGGAAGCUGCCCAACAUAACAAUUGAACUAGAAGUCAGUAUACUGUGGGCAAGAAACACUUACCUGACAACAGAAAAGAACCUUAAGAGCAAACAAUUGCAGGUUGGGAGGAAAAGUAACGUCUCAAAGCUUUCCAAAUGGACAGCCAUCUGCAAAUUGCUCAAUGAUUGCAAGAAUUAUCUGUGCACUCACAAAACUGGGAAUGGACAAGGAAACAGAAAAUUGUAGGCCAGAACUACUACAGGUGGCAAAUUCAGCAAUUUAACCACAUUCCAGUUGUGUUAUUGUGGCUUAAAAAAAAAUUAAAAUCUUUGUGAUCUUUUUACACUUUAAUGACUCUGUAUACACAAACACACAGGCAAAAGGGGUAAUCCUCAAAAUAAUCUAAAUUAUUCACCAAAGUUUUCAUGGCUCACCUACUUUUUCACAUUUGCUGCAUAUUUCUAGCAAAAUGUAAUCAUUAGUUUUAAUUACUUGCCAAAUGGGAAUCAGAAAUAAUGGGUGUUCCGCAAGAACACAAAUGGGGUUACACAAAAAUGGCCGCGGGUAGCGAGGAAGCACUUUCCCUGACUCAGCUCCCUUGCGCGCACAGCAGUAAUGCCGGAGCUAGAAUAGGACGUAACUCCGGCAUCACUAAGAGGCGUGCGAGGGAGCUGAGCAUAAAGAUCACUGCUCCCUCGCUGCCCGCAUGCCAGCCACCCCACUGGACCCCAGGGACUGCACACCAGCUACUCAAGAGCCCCCACUGGACCCCAGCAGCAGAACUAAACCACAGUGACAGACACCAUGCCAGCACUCCCAAAGGUAGGGAGGUUGGGUGGAGAAAAAUGUUAAAAUAGUAAAAAUAAAUUGUGUGUAUGUGUGCUUGUGAGUGUAUGUGUGAACAAAAAUAAAUAAAAACCGCAAAGAAGGCUUUUUAAAACGACCAAUUCAGAAAAACAUAUCUUCAGUUUUUUGUUUACUUUUCCCGAGGCACACUUCCAAAGGGUACGUCCAAUGUGGAUAUUUGCCUUCCGUGCCAACAAUAGCUGAGCAGGGAGCCAAAAUGAAAGUACCUCUAGUUUUGUCAAGAACCAGGUGACUGCGCCUGCACCCAAAUGCACAUAACCACUACAAAGUCAUGUAGUGGCUAUGGGGUUAUAUUGCCCUGUUGUGGUUGAGGUAACUCGUGUUCAAAGGCAUUUAGCACUGGAAGAUAAUGCGUCAUUUGCAGUAUGGAAUUACUUUUUCAAGCACAAAGGGAAAAGAAACAUAAUUUAAUAACCAAAAAGAUAUGAGAAACUAAUCAACUGAAAUGAAAAUAAUCGCUGUGAGGAAGUUAAACUGAGAUGCAAUCAACAUGUAAGUGGUAUUAUUAACAACACUUCGUAACAGGGAAGAAAGCUACAAUGAAUGUAAAUAGGUUUUUUAAUUGUCCUAUAAUUGCAUCUAUUUUUCCAAAGGCACACUUUAUUAUCCUGACUCCUUUACGGCUUGUGACACCAGGUGAGCAGGAGCACAUUUUACUUUAUGACCAUGAAAAGCAGAUAAAGAGGUCUUAAAGUCCUAUGAUCAAUUGGGCGAGAUGCACACAUUGUCAUUUUAAUACGUGAAUUAUAUAAUGAGCCUGAUACGAUUCAAUAUGUGUAUCAAACAAUCGCACGCUGAAGAGGCAUUCAAUUCCUUCACUAUACAACUGACAUACAGACCUGUCUUAGCUUAACGGACGUCCAACACCCACAUCCUGCCUCAAGGAUAAAAUGAAUAAAACCCCAAACCCACUCUUCGUAAACACAGAAAAAAUUAAGGCUGUAAUAAUGCAGAAGAGAUUAUACCUGAGAGACAGGACAGACCGUCACAUUAUUUGUCAGAUACUAAAUUGAUGCUAAAAUAACUACAUGUAUCAUUACAGAAGAUGUAAACACAAUGGCCGGACCAAGUAAGAGGAAAUGUCACACACUGGACUGGCUGAUGGCAAGCAACAAUCUCAAACUCCUGCCAAUAGUCCAUUGAGAAGAACCCACCAAGGAUCCAUUGUGUCUACAGCAUAUGUUCUCCUUUAUCCAAACAACCCAACAGAAGUUUUCACAUUACUCUUGCAUCUGUAAUAUACCUACAUGUAUUAAAUUAAUACUAAAAAAAUAAAUAAAAACAAAAACACAAACAAAAUCAGUAAUAAUUAAGGUAGGCAUUUACUGGUCGGAGAGCUGGCUGUUCGUCUAUACUUCUGGCCAUUUCCUUCUCAUCUUUUCUCUUCCAACCAAUGCCAGCCAAAAACAGAAACCUGGUGUUUAUAUGAACGGGAAAGAAAUCAGAAACAGCUGAAUGAACAUUUAAAAAAAAAAAAAACAACCUUUAUGGCCGUGGAAAAACGGUCACAUGAUUUCAUCAUUUAACACAGACAUAUAGAUUCUGAAAAAAAAAAAGUGAGACAAACAUACAGAAAUGGAUGGAUAGAAACAAAUAUAUAGAUGCAUGAACACACUGAUUUCAGUGCUCCCAGCAUGUACUGGGCUGCCUUAGAGUUAUAGCAGUUUGAGUGCAGUCAGCAGGUUUAGUUAAUGUCAGAUUUAUUUAGAAAUUGUGUUGCUUUCUCAAAGCUGGAGUGGUCUGGGUGCCAACUCCCACUACCCUUAACCCUGCAAGUGGAAUUAUUGCAGUUUUUAUAAACUGCAAUAAUUUCACUUGCAGGGUUAAGUCCUACUCUACUGGCUGUCUACGAGACAGCCACUAGAGAGACUUCCGUGUUCUUAGAACACAAAAAGUGUUUUAAUGACGCUGGACGUCCUCAUGCUAUGCAUGAGGACCUCCAGCAUUGCCGGAAUCCCCAUAGGAAAGCAUUGAAGAAUGCUUUCUUAUGGGGAGGUCUAAUGCGAGCGCGGCCAAUGCGCAUGAGGUCUCCCCGCCGGCUGACGUCAGCGUGAGAGGAGGGUGGGUGGAGCCUAACCCAGUGCUGAGGGACAUCGGCGCCGGAUUCAGGUAAGUCACUAAAGAGGUUUAACCCUUUCAGCAACUUGGGAUGAGUGUGGGAGGGAGAGGGGCACUGGAGAGUCCCUUUAACUGUAUAGAAUAUCGGCACGGUUAUCAGCAACCAUUGAUCUCUUUUGGCAUUGGCUCUGAAAAAAUAUCGUCCGAUCCCUAGUUUAUGGCAUGUAUAUCACAUUUGUUGGCCGCUCAAUGAUGUAAAAUGCCACAAUAAUCAAAAUUUAGCAAAAGCCAAUCAAGGUCUUCCACUCAAACUGCAGAGAAAUUAAUAUUUUAAUCUCUAUUAUGCUCAUGAUGUGCAUUGGAGGCUACAGUAGAUGACUUGGUAAAUAUUGCCUUUUUUCUUGCAGUGAGAAAGUCAUAGAACCAUUUAUUCUACAGUACCGAGAGAGAUUAAUAGGAAAUAAUUGUAAAUUACUAUGAACAGAUCACAAAUAAUCACAGCAUGGGAUGUUCUGCCUCAUACAGUUAAUUAUGGAGUUGCUACGUGAACACAUUAUCAGGAGAUUAAUACACACAUUAUUUAUGCAACAGCAUUUUUUUUUUCCACUCCAAGAUGUUAAAAAUCAGUAUAUGCCAAAUCACGAUGUAGAUUAUAUAAAAUAGAGGAUAUUUAACUAAUGGACUUAGAUCUCAUAUAAUAUCAGCACAGCUGCCUUGUGAUCAGCAAUAGAUUAAGGUGUCAGAUACUGUAGUUUUUUUCCAUUUAAAGAAUAGGUAGAUUAUCAUAUUUGAAAACUUGCCAACUUGGUACAAGUUUGUUUACAGUAGCUACCAUGAGCAUAGGUAGAUAUUUUGCAGAUCCACACUCUGCACCAAAAAUAACUUGAGUGCAUUUCACAGGUUAGGAUUUGGUCUUGUACAUAUGGCUAAGGGGAAAGCGUACAAAAUAUUAGGAUAGGAUUGGUUAUAAAGUAGAAUGAGGUCAGAACAUCAGCUCACAUUGAUCUCUCAUUGGCCUGACUGAGUACAUUCUCAAAAUGUAUCCAAUAAGGAAGUUGCUAUGUGAGACAUUGGGAGUGCUGUUAAUGGUACAGCAUUAUUUAUAUUCUUUUAUGUCAGUUGCCAUUUUUAAAUGAUUUUAUAUAAAGUGUUGGGAUGAGCUUGUGGGAGGAAAAAAUAAAUAAAUGGAAGCUACUACUUGUAAGCAAAAGUACAUACUAUUUUGAGAACACAUCGUGGACACUGACAGUUUACAAAGGCAUUUCUAUUGAAGUGAUAAAACAAAUGCGGAGCUGGCCAUGGUUCUGAAAAAUGUAAACUAUAUGCAAAGUACAAAGAACACAUUAGUUAACAGUCUUGUCAAGGAAUAGUUACAUUUGGAUAUGUACCACAGAAAACGACAUUGUCAUAAGGUAAUCAAUGGGUAAUAAGACGCAAGUGAAAGAUAUUAUCAGAACUAUACUAUUAAAUGAAGACUUAAACCAAAAUAUUAAAGGCAUGCGCAUUGAUUGAAAAAAUAAAAAAUAAAAACUAUAGGCACACAAACUACUUUAUCUCAAAGACAUGAUCUGGGUGCUGUGUACCUCAGUUUUACCAAUGUAAGGGAAACUAUUGCUGAACUUCUGCAGAAAAGUAAUAUUUACAUUGCAGGCAGACCGCCACUACAGACACUUCCCCCAAACUAGCAGUGCAAAAAAUCUGUUUCUAUUAGAUGGCCUAACAACACUGCGUUUUGUCAUGCAUCCGCAUUAGCCUUCCAGUGAUUUCAAUGAGGCAGAACGGCAACAGUCUUGUACUGCGAGGGAGAAAAUUGAAGUACAAAUGCAUUUCUUUCUUACUACAGGUGGGGGUCCGGUUACCUAAACAGCCACCAGGGUACUUUGCUUUUGGAAUACAUACAUUUGUAUUUCUAACACUAUAGUUUUUCUUUAAAUCAAAGCUAUAUUGGUAUGAACAAUCUACUCGCUGAUAAACACAAUGUGAAAAGAUGUGCUAGUUAUGGGCUAGUUUACACAUUGUACAAGUUAAGCUUACUUUUAGCUUAAGAAUGAAAAAUUAAAUGUUUUCAAGUAUACUUUUAAAACCGUAUUUUCAAACCCAGUGAAGGACUUGGGGAUUUCCCAUUAAAUGGUUUGCCUUAAGGUUUGGAUUUGGGAGCUGCUGCUCUAAAAUACGAGAUUGCCAAAGCAAUCAAAAUAUUAGAAACACAUGCUUAUUUUGAUCUUUCAAUGAAUUCAUGGUUUACAACAGUGAUGGCCAACCUUAACAACCCAAACAUUGAUUAACUAGAUCUCCCAGCCCCCUUUAGGCUUGCUAUGCAUCAUGGGUAAAGCAAUUCCCAAACCGGAGGUGGCAAAUCUGUCCGCCAUUAGCAUUAUGUUUCUUUAGGCAUUUCACUCAAUUACAAAAAAAAAAAAAAGUGUUAUCACACUUUAACGUUUAGAGUCGUUUUAGCAUUAAUUUUGCAUUAACUCAGCAACUAUCAAAUAUUGAUUUUGGUGGGGGAGGGGAGAAACAAACAGGUUAAUUUUUUGCUUUAGGUAAUCUGUAGAGAUCAUGGUGCUGUCUCACAGUUGAAGAUUUAACACCUGCCAGGAAACCUAGUUAGCGAUACCCAUGAAGUUCCCUUUCCGUAUUGGAUGAAUACAUUUUAUCCACAUUUGGACAGAGUUCUUGGCCGAGGAGUGUUAGUCAAGUCUCACUUACUGAAUUUCAUCCAUACAUGGACGGAAUUGAUAUCACUAAUUGAGAAGAGAAAUUUCUACUAUCGCUAUAUCUGUGAAAAGUGAACAGACCAAACGGUUAAAAAAUAAAAUUUAUAUAUAUAAAAAAUAAAUAAAAAAAACUGUUCCAUGCAUGGUGGCAUCACUAUCCACUACAAUGAAAUUUAGAGGGUAUCAUGCUUCAAGUGUAAUCACAGAACAAUAUGUAAGAGGCAGCUUCCUGCACACCUAACCUGCAACAAAUUCAUUAGAACAUUGGGCUGAACACAAUCCAUUGAGUGCCAUCACCUGGAUACUUAGAGGGCCAAAUGGGGGAGCCAGGCUUUCCAAAAUGACAAGUCAGAGGGGUUGACUGGAUGCUGGCGAUUUCACUCAAAAUAAUGAAAAACAGCAAAGUUAUAAAUCGGUAAGAAUGCAGGAACAGAUUUGGAGUAUUGUAACUACUACAAUAAGCUGUAGUGGUUAUGGUUCUUUUAGUACCUUUAUAAAAAAGUAAGAGCAUAACGUUUUAACAAAAUUAAAGCCAGAAACUUCCAAGUAAGCACACUUUGCUUUGAGAGAAGAGACAAAAGAAAUCCAGCACAAAUUCAUAAAAAAAGACCAGAUUUGGAAAUAAAAUAAAUCUGGAAUACAAAAAGCGUCUCCCCACAAAACAUUUUUUCCGCAGACUUUUUCAUAGAAUUUUUAAAUAUUAUAAAUACAGAUGUCCUUGGCAAACAUUUCAUUAAUUGCAAAAAUGAUUUAAAAGUAACAAUUCCUAGGUUUUAAUAAUUAGAAGAAAAAAUAAAAAAAAAUACUAAAACCUAAAUUCUUUACAAUUUACAUUAAGGUGCUGGAACAGUGUCCGCAAACUGAAUCAAG